AUGGCAAGCUGGGUCGCACUGAACGUUGAACCGGAUGAUGGGAUUGAAGAGGAAGUCGACGACACCAAGGAACUCCAAAUUGAAGAAGCUCUGAAGCUCUACCAGAGUGCUCUGAAGCUUCACUCACAAGGUCCGGAGUAUUACCCUCAAGCAGCUGAAGCAUACGACUCUUUGCUCAAUUCCGAGAUCUUCAAAUACCCCGAGUCCCUCUCCGAUUUCAAGCGGGCCGAUGUACCAGAUGCGCAACCAGCUACUGUCACCACCGACGACGCUGGCGCUGCGGCAGAUGCAGUUGCAGAAUUCAAUGUCAACGAUUCAACAUCCAGCCUUUUCCAGACCCUCUACCUCUCCUAUAAGAAUCAUGGCAAAUUCCUCCUCGAUUCGUUGCACGAGACUUUACGGAAUACCCCCAAGGGCGCCGAGACAGAACCGGACACAGCGCAAAAGACGGCCAAGGCAACGAAGGACGCGGUGCAAUCUUUCGCGGAGGCGCUUGAGCGUGAUGAUACCGACUUGAAUUUGUGGAGACAGAGCGCCAGACUUGGUAGUGCUCUCCAGAGCCAUCGCCUCACUCGAUUCUGUCUCGAGAGCGUCCUGGCGGAUGAUGAUAAUCGCUUAGAAGUGCGAUCGACGCAACUUGGUCUGGAGGAAACAUUCUCGGAAGAACGCCUGCGGAGCACUCUCCAGGCCCUUUUUGACGGACUGUCCGCGGCCCAGAUUCCCGUCAAGAAGCCGAAAAGGGCGCUCGAGAAAUAUCUCAAACAACACGCUGAUUUAUAUUCUUACCUGCCUACAAUACCGACCGAUAUACAACUCCUAGAUCCGAGCAAAGGCCCUCUCGCCCUCUCAACCUCGCGCAGGGAAAUCAGGCCGCCAGAAGCAACCUGGGAAGCGGUUGGCAAAGCCCUUCUUGAAGCACUAGAUGACGAGGAAGAUGCUUCUAUUGCUGACAGCCCGAGUAAAGCCAUCUGCGUCGCCCUACCUCCCAAGAGUUCUGAUGCGCUUGAUUCUCUCGAAAUUGAGGAAAUGGACAAAGCUUCCGAGAAUGGUGCGACAAGCAAGAUAGAUAAGCUCAAGAAUGAAGAUGUGGAUAUGCUCAAGGAGGACGAGGAAGUCGCCGAGACUGAGAAACCUGCAGAAGACAAUGCACUGGAUCAGCCGGCAGAGGAACAGUCUGCAAUUGAUCAAAGUGCAGAGAAACAGUUGAUGGAAUCGCUGGAGCGACAAUCUAUCCACCCACCCGAAACACAAGCUGCCGACGAUGAUGCCAACCCCGAAGAAGCAGAACCAAAAUCUCCCUCUGAUACCCGCAAGAGAUCAUCCACAUCGGCUGCCAACGAUGACCAGCCUGAGGGAGGAAGAAUGAAGAGUCGACGAACGCGAGCUCGGGAGUCGAAUGCUGAUGCGUUGGCUCAACCUGACGAAGUCGCUUUUGAUCAUGAAAAAUACUACGAAGACCGUUUGGAGAUUUAUGUCAAUGCAGAUGAUUGGAUGUUCAAUACCCUUGGCUCAUUGUACUCCAAAGUUGGGAUUGAAGCUUUGGGAACGAUCGAGACACUCAGAGAAAAGGUAGCGGCCUUGAAUGAUUGUGACGAGGCUGCUCAAGAACCCGAGACACGGCUCAUCCAAGAUCUGCGUGGCAUAUCCAAAAAUUGGAACGAUGAAAAGUCCCGUUCAAUGCAGCAAAAAGACGACUUGUCUUCAGUAAAGGAUAUCCAAGGCUCCAAUAAGUCAGGACUGUCUGUAUUCCUUGAACACUCGAGGAGUGGGUCUCGGAAGACUGUGCUUCAAGAAGAGUUAAGUUCGGGAGAGGAGCUAUAUCGCUUUUCAGAAAGAGUGAACAGCAGCUGGCUACACCCCCAUCAGACCGUGUACGAGUGGCUUCAAAAUCUCCUCAUGCCAGACAUUGAGGAGGAGCCUUCUAAAUGGCCUGUCAUGAAAUCAACAUACACGUCGCUUUUGUGGUCCAAGGUACUCAAGGAGACAGUUGUGGAACUUCUGCUCCGCGAGGACGAGUUCAUUUUUGCAAGGAUGAGCGAGGCCGCCGCACUGACUGAACAACGAGUUCUCGAGUCAAGCCCCGAAUCUUCCUUUCAGUAUCAGAAAAGCGACUUUUGUCAGCUCGAGAUGAUGCAGUCCAUCUACGAACUUCACUUGGAUGUGUUUGUCUCUAUUGAGAACACUGGCAGCGAAGAGAGUCGAGGUAAACGACGGGCCCAGAUUGAUCGCCUUGCCAGAUGGGGCAUACUCACCCGAUCGGCUUUGGACAUCCUUCUCGACUCCUGUCCGUCACCAGAUUGCCGCCAGAACCUGGCUCUCCGCCAUCUGUGGGCGUCAACAUUUCAUGUGAAUCUUGCCGGUGAGGCUGAGCGAGAGCACAUCUUGAUUUGCCUUCAAGACCUCAAGCACAUACUUCUGGCUAUUGGGGACCCCUGUCUCACUCUCUUGAACAACCCUACCAUGUCGGAGCUGUCUGCGGCGACGGUUGAUCAUGAGGUACUCAAACUAAAGUGUAUGGACUUCUUCGCCAAAGUUUUCAACCCUGAAGAUGAAGACCCUGUAUCUCUGAUUGAAGCUAUUGAGCCAAUACUUGAACCUUCAUCUAUUGAGUAUGCAGAUGGAUCCCCGGAGCAGAACGAUGCGAAUGACCCCUCCUCUCUACCCAGUGAAAUGGGUGCGUUCCUAGACCGGGGUGAUGCCACACUACGACUGUUCUUGUGGCGAAGGCUUCAAGAAGCGUAUCAGGCUAUUGAUUAUCUACCAAAGGUUGUGUCAUGCUAUCUUCGAAGCAUUGAAAUCAUAAUGAAGGAGCUAGAAGACCCAAAACAUCUCGAAGAGACGAGUGGGCAUCGGCAGCUGACCUUGCUUGGCUGGCUGAAGUCGCUGGAUGCGAUCAUGGGGAAGGCUAUUCCACUUAUUCUUAACCAGGUCGAAAAGGCCUAUGAGUGUGUUGAUAUGGAGCACCUUCAAGCUUCAAUUUCAGCAGCAGCCCGUCUCUCCAGACUCAUUCAUACCUUCGUCUUGUACGAGGAUUCCAUUCGUGUGGGGCAAAUUUCGGCGCGUGAAUUACGUGGAUCACUAGCAAAAUCCUUCGAAAAUUUCAAGGAAAGGAUGCGAGAGCUCUAUGUCCGCUGCUGGAUCUUGCAGUAUACCCUGUUCGUGGAGGCAAUCUCCCAGAACAAAGACCUCUUCGAGGAACCACUGGAGGAUCGCAUUCGCGUUCUUCGGUCUGUGCAUAAUGCGCUGGGUGUUCGCUCCAUGUGCAAAUACUCCCAGAAAAGAUUCUUAAAACUCAUGAAAUCUGAGUUGCUGGAUCUCGAGACUAAGGGUGAUUAUGAGUUUGAUAUCUGCCAGAUGUUCCCCGAAAAACUGGACCGUCCUACUGCCAUCAUGAUGAUCGACUUUGUGAUGAGGCAAGCACAAAAUAUGAACAUGAAGGACUUGUCGAAGUCUGACCUGAAGACCACUAUCGAAAAGAUGCAACAAACGAUUGUUCCGGCUAAGAUUUCAUCGUCACCUCAAAUGUCGUUUAAUCGGCGGGUCUUCCAUGGGUACAUCAAGGCCGCAAUUAAUCCAUCUAUUCUCCUCCGCGCCGUUCAGGGAGUGUUGGAACUUUCAAUGCUGAAAGUUCCGGGCGAGAAUGCUCAAAUUGCCGCCAAGGGAUGGUAUUUCCUCCUUGGCCAUGCCGCAUUGACAAAGUUCCGGUCUCAGAAGCGCCUCAGCCCCGGCUCGACCACGGAGCUCGACGACGCUAUCAAUUUCUUCAGACUGGAUAUUGACCAUGGAUCCGGGCGAUGGGAAACCUGGUACCGCCUGGCUCAGGCGUACGAUACCAAGCUCGAGGAAGAGAUAACGUGGACGGCGGACAAGAUCAACAACAACCGCAGUGAUUUGGCAGCUACUCAACGAUAUGCAAUUCAUUGUUAUGCCAUGGCCGUUUCAACAGCGAUGAGAAGUGCGGAGCCCAACAACGAGACCCGAGCACUUCUAUCAGACCUUUACACUGAUUUCGGAAUUCGGAUGUACUCUUCCUCACGUGGGCCGCUCUCGAUGGGCGCCUUUGGUCUUUCAGAUUUCUCUCGCCACUUCAGUAGCGAAGAAAGUCAGCAAAUGUAUAAAGGCCAACCUUUCAAGGAAAUGUCCUCAUACUCGGUGUGGAACUUUGCCUGCAACCUCCUCAAGAGAGCACUUGUGGACAAACCCAAACGGUGGAUAACACAUUAUUUCAUUGGUAAAUGUCUCUGGAAGAUGUUUAGCUGUGACGAUUCCAAGAGGACGACUUCGAAGCGGGUGGAAAUGCAUGAUGUUCUAGAAGCGUUUCACGAUGCUAUUUCGAGCCUCCCCAAGAGGAAAGAUUCCCGUGCAGACCCUAUCUUUGAGCCACAUUUCAAGCUUGUAUCUAUUGUUCACAAGCUGGUCCUCCACGGAGACAUGACUCCGGUCGAGGCUAGCCAAGCGCUUCAAGCUACACCUUGGGCUCGCAAAGUAGAUGAACCGGAGAACAUGGAUGGAUGGAAGCCAUACAUCCUUGAGGUCGUCAGGAAGUUCAAGAGCGCCGACAAGUCCAACUGGCACCAUCGGAUGAGCGCCAAGGCUGCCCAUAUUCUCUAUGAUGACGAAAAGAAUGCAACUGCUGCUGCCGCUGCCAAGCAAGAACUUUCACAGAUCUUCACCAAAACGCUUACCAUUCAGGUCUGGCGACCCGAAUUUGAACGUCCGGGGAGGCAUUUUGUGUAUACCACUCGCUACGUGUACUUUUUCGUCAGCCUACUGGAUCAGCUGGAUGAUCGUGCAAGCUUAGAUCAGCUGCUACGUCGCGUGAGAAAGAAGCAAGGGGACUUCAUCGAUCACACUAAAUUGUGGGAGGAUGUCUGCUUGACUUACGCGAAGAUGAUCCGUAGAGCCGCGAAUAUUAACGAGGGCCACGAAGAGGGUGUGUUCAAACCUAUUGGGUGGGAAGAAUUCUCGACCAAAACAGCUCGGCUGGAGACUUUAACGCAACUAUCUCCAGACAGUCUUCCCCUUCUGGAGCUGAUCCGUGAGUCUCUGGAGUUGAAGAAGCUGAACAAUAACUUAAUGAAAGUUACCAUGUUCGAAGACCUCAUUGCAGAUUUGUACGCCCGUGUCUACGAAUUGAACAUGCCCUUGCUCAUUGAGCAGGCAAAUGAGGAGAACAAAGAAAAGAUGAAGGUCGACCAUCUUCUCAUGACAGGAGAUGCGAAUACCGAGACAUCUACGCCUGCCACCCCUCUUCCAGCGUCUGAUACUCCGGCACCUCGAGGUAGAACCAAGGGCAUUGCUCGUCGCGAUGUCCAAAAACGCGCCGAUACGAUUGUCAACCUAAAACUUGGCCCGCGAACGGCAACGAGCAAGUUUACUGCCACGGCUGACACAGACCAGUCUUCCUCCACUUUACAGGGCCCCAAUGCAUCCUCGGCUCCCACUUCAGCCCCUCGUGGGCCAGGGGAACAGACUUCUGGUGCGGGCGUGCAGCGGAGCGAUCACAACAGCUUGAAUGAUACUGCGGAUGAGAGCGAUCUGACCGAUGUCGAUGAGAGCAAGCUUAACAAGAUGAAUUCCGAACAGAAAUCUCUAUUCUCCAAAAUCCAUCAUGCCGAAACAGGUGAUGUUGAAACUGAAACUGAAAACGAUGGCGCAGACGAGGGAGAAGGGGAAGGAGAAGAUGAAGAAGUCGAUGAAAACGAUGAUGUCGAGGAUGAAGAUGACCCCACGGCCACAGAAGGCGAAGCUGGCGGUCAAGACGAGGAAGGUGAUGAGGAAGAAGAUGACGAGAAUCAAGAUGAAGAUGAAGCUGGCCCAGAUGGAGAUGAGACCAAGCUCGAUGAUGAUCUCGAAGCCACCGACAAAGAGGUCGAUAAGGAUGACGACGAGCCUUCUGAGCUCGCUGAAAAUCAACCUGAAAACAAAGACAGCGAUGAUGAGAUUGCUGAAACCCCGGACCCAAUGGAUCUCACUCCUGCUUGA